AUGUCUACUCUGUUAAAAACCUAUACGUUACGACCAUUCCAAGAAGCACCGUUGUCUUCAUCCAUUUCUAUAAAGCCACUCCAACUAGAAUCAAUCGAUUUAUCUCUAUACAAAGAGGGGCCUGAAAAUCUACCACAGAGAAAGCAAUUGGCUUUGAAAAUUGAGAAAUCUCUUUCAACGUAUGGGUUUAUUUCCGUGGUCAAUCAUGGUUUUGACAUUGCAAAGUUGGAGUUUUUGAAAUCCAUUGCACAGGGUUUGCUAGAACUACCCUUUGAAGAACAAAAGAAAUAUCUCGCUGGUGCUUUGAAAUCCGAUCUUGAAGACAGGUCAACAUCAGUAGGAGCUGAGAGAGGUGCGGGCUUUAAACCUAAAGGUUAUUGGUCUAUGAGGAAUGGUGUUGAGGACUCAAUUAUACAUUACAAUUUCAAUAACAUGAAUCAUUCAAUAUUUUUCGAUGAGGAGCAUAAUAAUUACCCCGAGAUUGUUAAAGAUCAUCUAAAAGAGAUUGCUGAGUAUUAUAGAUUUCUACAUGGGGAUACAUUGAAAAAAAUUUGCAACUUAGCGGAUAUCGUAUUGGAGUUACCCGAGGGUUUUCUUUAUGAUAAAUUUUAUUCGGUUAAAGAUAAUGAUUUUGAUAGUUCUGGAGGUGGUGCAGGAAGAUUUAUGCUUUAUGAAGCAAUGGACAUCGAGGAUCAAAAAAAAGUCGACAAUACCUGGCUUAGGGGUCAUUCUGAUAGUGGUGGAUUCACAUUUAUUACUUCUCAGCCAAUAUUAUCCUUGCAAAUACGUGAUUACUACACUGGAGAGUGGAAUUAUGUUGGUCACGCUCCAAACGGAUUGAUUGUGAAUAUUGGCGAUGCAAUGGAGUUUAUCACCGGUGGGUAUUUCAAAUCUUCAAUUCACAGAGUUGUAGCACCUCCUGAUGACCAAAGUGGAUAUAAACGAUUAGUUUUGAUUUACUUUUCCAAACCUAAAAACACCUCCAUCUUAGACCCGGAAGCAAUAAACUCUCCAAAGUUGAACCGCUUGGGAUAUAUCAAGCCAAAAGAGUGGGAAAAAAUCAAUUUCAAUGCCUGGAAUAAUCAAAAGUCCCGUUUAUUUGGUAAAAAGGCUAUCAACGAUACUACUAGCGAGGAGCCAAGGCUCGUAUUAUUGUACGGUCGUUUACAUGAAAGAUGGCAUCAAGCUGAAACCAAUUUCAGUUUAGAAGAAGCUACCAAAAGAUUUGAAAUACUCAAGGUUGAUUUAUAA